CCCCCCCAAGUCGACGCGCUUUGCCUCUCACGAGAAGUGCGCUACACAGUGGAGGGACUGCGACAGUGUCGCAAAAUAUAUCCGGUCUCGGUGCGAGGGCAGAGGUUUUUAUUUAUAAAGCUACCGGUUCCCUUCUCUGGAUGCUCCAGACGCCGCUCUUACGGCGUCGAAGGGUGUAGCGCGAAGGCAAGACACCUCCUCCUGUUGCCGUAAAGCGAAAACUUCAAGGCGUCUCCUGCCUCGGCGGGGGCGGGGUCGUUGGGGCCGCUGUCGCAAAGCUGAAGGUGGGGGCCGGCACCCCCUGCGUCGUAAAGAUGCCUGAGGCGGUCGUUUCUUCUACUGUCGCAAAAGCUCGCUGCCCAAGUCUGCACCCCACUCUGAGCCACUCCGUCACCUGGCCGUGCCGUAAAGCAGGCCUGCCCGACCCCGUCGUCCUUCUGUUCCCACCGCGGUGGUCAUUAGUUCCCUAGCCCGGGCUGCUUCGUUGCCCGGCAGUGCCGUAAAGCAUACCUGGCCCCAGCCCCGAGCCCUAUUCCCUCCGGGUGUGUGUGCACCGCGGUUGCCACGGUGCCGCCAAGCGCGGCUGUCGCGCGGCCCGGGUGUCAGCGGCGAUGGCGGCGGGGUCGGGUGGGAGCGGGGGCUCCGGGGGAGGCCCCGGGCCGGGGCCGGGUGGGGGUGGGGGCCCCGGCGGGAGCGGCCCAGGGCCGGGGUCCGGCGGGGGUCUGGGCAGCGGCGGGGAGCUGCACCCGCGCACCGGGCGCUUGGUGAGCCUGUCGGCCUGUGGGCGUACAGCGCGGCGGCAGCAGCCGGGCCAGGAGUUCAACCACGGGCUGGUGUUGAGCCGGGAGCCUUUGCGCGACGGCCGCGUCUUCACCGUCCGCAUCGACCGCAAGGUCAACUCCUGGAGUGGCUCCAUUGAGAUUGGGGUGACGGCACUGGACCCCAGUGUGCUGGACUUCCCGAGCAGCGCCACGGGGCUGAAGGGGGGCUCAUGGGUGGUGUCGGGCUGCUCAGUGCUGAGGGAUGGACGUUCUGUGCUGGAGGAGUAUGGUCAGGACCUGGACCAGCUCGGUGAAGGGGACCGUGUGGGCGUGGAGCGCACAGUUGCCGGGGAGCUGCGGCUCUGGGUGAACGGGCGGGACUGCGGGGUGGCCGCCACGGGCCUCCCCGCCCGUGUCUGGGCCGUUGUGGACCUUUAUGGCAAGUGCACGCAGAUCACCGUGCUACCCCCUGAGCCAGGUUUCAGCCCCCCUGCUCCCAUCCCUACACCCCCCCUCGAGCCCUCCGCGCCCCCUGAAGAUUCUGCCUUGACUGAACAGGGGACCCCGGGGGACGAAGAUUUUGCCAGCAUGGAGCUCUCGGAGGUGGUGGGCAACGCCAUCCUGUCUGCCUACAACGGGGGGCUCCUAAAUGUGAACCUGAGCUCCCCCCCGGCCGGGGAAGGACCGGGGCCCAGCGGCGCUGCCACCUCGCCUGUCCUCACUUCCAACGACGCCCUGCUCUUUCACGAGAAGUGCGGAACUCUCAUCAAACUCAGCAACAAUAACAAGACGGCCGAGCGCCGCCGGCCCCUGGAUGAGUUCAACAACGGCGUGGUCAUGACCAACCGUCCGCUCCGGGACAACGAGAUGUUUGAGAUCCGCAUCGACAAGCUCGUGGAUAAGUGGUCUGGCUCCAUUGAGAUCGGUGUCACCACCCACAACCCCAACAGCCUGGAGUACCCAGCCACCAUGACCAACCUGCAGUCAGGCACCAUCAUGAUGAGUGGCUGUGGGAUCCUGACCAACGGCAAGGGCACCCGCCGGGAGUACUGUGAGUUCAGUCUGGAUGAGCUACAGGAGGGCGACCACAUCGGUCUCACGAGGAAGUCCAACUCUGCCCUGCAUUUCUUCAUUAACGGCAUCGAUCAGGGCGUGGCCACCCCGCUGACGCCCCCGGUGGUGUAUGGAGUGGUGGACUUGUACGGGAUGGCGGUGAAGGUGACCAUCGUCCAUAAUAACAACCACAGCGACCGUCUGCGCCGGAACAACGCCAUCCUGCGGGCCCUGUCUCCCGAGGGUGCCCUCCGCCGCGCCGCCCCCGCCGCUCAGGCCGAGCCCGAGCGCCUGCUCUUCCACCCGAACUGCGGGCAGAAGGCGGCUAUCACCCACGAGGGACGCACCGCCUUGAGGCCCCAUGCCACCGACGACUUCAAUCACGGCGUAGUGCUGAGCAGCAGAGCCCUGCGGGACGGAGAGGUGUUCCAGGUGCGCAUUGACAAGAUGGUGGACAAGUGGGCUGGCUCCAUCGAGAUCGGUGUCACCACCCACAACCCUGCCUACCUCCAGUUGCCCUCCACCAUGACCAACCUGCGCUCGGGGACCUGGAUGAUGACCGGGAACGGGGUGAUGCACAACGGGACGACCAUCCUGGACGAGUACGGGCACAACCUGGACCGCCUCAAGGCAGGGGACACGGUGGGCGUGGUGCGGCGGGAGGACGGGACCCUGCACUUCUUUGUCAACGGGAUGACUCAGGGCCCCGCGGCCUGGAAUGUGCCCCCGGGUGUCUACGCAGUUGUGGACCUCUACGGCCAGGCGGCCCAGGCCACCAUUGUGGACGACGUGGAGGUGCCCCCAGUCCCCGAGCCACUCCCCGAAGGGAACAACCAGGUGUCCCCGAGCUCCCCGUCAUCGGGGGCCGGGGGCUCCGACCUGCGUUUCCACCAGCUACACGGCAGUAACGCAGUGAUCACCAACGGGGGCCGCACCGCGCUCCGCCAUAACUGCCGCAGCGAGUUCAACGACGCCAUCGUCAUCUCCAAUCGGGCCCUGCGGGAUGGGGAGCUGUUUGAAAUCGUCAUUCAGAAGAUGGUGGACCGCUGGUCAGGCUCCAUCGAGGCCGGAGUGACCGCUAUUCGGCCAGAGGACCUUGAAUUCCCCAACACCAUGACGGAUAUCGACUAUGACACGUGGAUGCUGAGUGGCACGGCCAUCAUGCAAGAUGGAAACACGAUGCGCAACAACUACGGGUGCGACCUCGAUGCGCUGGGCACAGGCGCGCGCAUCGGCAUGAUGCGAACGGCCAAGGGCGACCUGCACUACUUUAUCAACGGCCAGGACCAAGGCGCCGCCUGCUCAGGCUUGCCUCCGGGUAAAGAAGUGUACGCGGUCGUGGAUCUCUACGGCCAGUGUGUCCAAGUCUCCAUCACCAACGCCACCGGCCCCAUGGACAACAGCCUGGCGACCAGCAACACGGCCACUGAGAAGUCCUUCCCCCUGCACUCCCCAGUGGCUGGCGUGGCUCACCGCUUUCACAGCACGUGUGGCAAGAACGUCACUCUGGAGGAGGAUGGCACGAGGGCGGUACGCGCAGCCGGCUACGCUCACGGCCUGGUCUUCAGCACCAAGGAGCUCAAGACGGAGGAGGUGUUCGAGGUCAAAGUGGACGAGCUGGACGAGAAGUGGGCGGGCUCCCUGCGCCUGGGACUGACCACGCUGGUGCCCGGGGACAUGGGGCCCGGCACGGGCGGGGGCCCGGCGCUGCCGCCCUCCCUGCCGGAGCUCCGGACAAAGACCACCUGGAUGGUGUCCAGCUGCGAAGUGAGGCGCGACGGCCAGCUCCAGAGGAUGAACUACGGCCGGAACCUGGAGAGGCUGGGGGUGGGCAGCCGCGUGGGCAUCCGCCGGGGGGCGGACGACACGAUGCACAUCCUGGUAGACGGAGAGGACAUGGGGCCUGCGGCCACCGGCGUCGCCAAGAACGUGUGGGCCGUGCUGGACCUCUACGGGCCCGUACGGAGCGUGUCUGUGGUCAGCUCCACGAGGCUGGAGGAGUCGGAAGGCACCCAGCCUCCCUCCCCCAGCUCGGACACUGGCAGCGAGGGCGAGGAAGAUGAUGACGGGGAGGAGCACAGCCCGAGGGGCCAGAAUCAAGUGGCCAUUAUGCCCACAGCCCUCGAGUUCCUGGAGAACCACGGGAAGAACAUCCUCUUGUCCAACGGGAACCGCACCGCCACGCGUGUGGCCAGCUACAACCAGGGCAUCGUUGUCAUCAACCAGCCCCUGGUGCCCCAGCUGCUGGUCCAGGUGCGGAUAGACUUCCUGAACCGGCAGUGGACGUCCUCCCUGGUCCUGGGCGUCAUCACCUGCCCGCCCGAGAGGCUCAACUUUCCCGCUUCUGCCUGUGCCCUCAAGCGGGCAGCCUGGCUGCUGCGGGGCCGUGGCAUCUUCCACAAUGGUCUCAAGAUCUGUGAGAAGUUUGGGCCAAACCUGGACACGUGUCCCGAAGGCACCGUCCUGGGACUGCGGCUGGACAGCUCUGGGGGGCUGCACCUCCACGUCAAUGGGCUGGACCAGGGGGUGGCCGUACCGGACGUGCCCCAGCCCUGCCACGCGGUGGUGGACCUCUACGGCCAGUGCGAGCAGGUGACCAUCGUGAGUCCUGAACCAGGGGCUGCCAGUGGCAAGAGUGCGGGAACCCAAGGGGACAUGGAGAAGGCGGACAUGGUAGAUGGUAUGAAGGAGAGCGUGUGCUGGGGGCCGCUGCCUGCCGGCAGCCCUCUCAAGAGCUGCGAGUAUCACGCCCUGUGCUCCCGCUUCCAAGAACUGCUGUUGCUUCCCGAGGAUUACUUUAUGCCUCCGCCCAAGCGAAGCCUGUGCUACUGUGAGUCUUGCCGGAAGCUUCGAGGGGACGAGGCCCACAGGCGCCGGGGAGAGCCUCCUCGGGAAUAUGCCCUGCCCUUCGGCUGGUGCAGGUUCAACCUCAGGGUGAAUCCCCGUCUGGAAGCUGGGACGCUAACCAAGAAGUGGCACAUGGCAUAUCACGGGAGCCACGUGGCAGCUGUGCGGAGGGUGCUGGACCGAGGGGAGCUGGGAGCAGGCGCGGCCUCUAUCCUGAGCUGCCGGCCGCUGAAGGGCGAGCCCGGGGUGGGGUUUGAGGAGCCCGGCGAGAACUGCGCCCCUCCCCGGGAGGAGCAGCCCCCUCCGGUCCUGCUCUCCCCGUCCCUGCAGUACGCCGGGGCCGAGACCCUGGCAUCCAAAGUGCAAUUCCGGGACCCCAAAUCCCAGCGGACGCACCAGGCCCAGGUGGCGUUCCAGGUGUGCGUGCGCCCCGGCUCCUACACCCCCGGGCCCCCCUCGGCCGCCCUCAGAGAACCUCCGGACCCUCACUUCAGCCCAGCUGAACUCGAGUGGGUGACCAAGGAGAAGGGGGCCACGCUCCUCUAUGCCCUGCUGGUGCGGGUGGAAUGAGGGGCCGCCUGGCGAUGACAAGCACAGCGGGGCCCUGGGCCCGGGACUCCGAGUGACGACCGACGACGACGAUCGCCCCGGCACGCGCGCGCGGGGCCCGGACAGGCAGGGGGCCCUGGAGCUCGAGUCCUGCCUCCCGCGCCCGCGGCAGCAGAGCCAUCCCCGACCGCGCGGCGGGCGAGCGGGAGCCGGGCCCGGCAGCCCCCCUUUCAUGCACUGACUUGGGGAGCACGACUCCCCGGACUCCCUCCCCCAUACCACUUAAUUUAUUUCCGUUUUCGUUCCUGUUACUGUGAAUCCCGAGCAGCCCGGAUCCCCCUCCGGGCCGCCGCUUCCCGGGCCGCCGGGCGGUGGGAGGGCGCUCGCGGGGAAGGCGGGCCUCUGUACAGUUGUUACGGACGCGGGUUUCCAAGCAGCCAAUAAACGCCGUCCCGGAGCGCG